CGGGUUCUCAUCCCCGCCACUAGCCGUCCCGAAGAAACAAGACGCAUUUGAUACCCUGGCCCUCGCCGCGAUCCUGGCUGUGAGGGCCCAAUAGGCUGCGUCUAGCCAUGAAUUUCGAUUCGGGCACCGCAUAUGCGGAGUCAGACGCCGACGAUGAGUACGAGAGAGAUAUCCCCGGGAGCUCUCCUACAGCCACCGACGUCGAGACCUCCCCCAUCGACUCCGAUCCCCCUUCAGCCGAACACACGCCGACGACGUACGGGUAUCGCUCAAGUGCCGAUCGGCUGCCCGAAACAAUCAUAUCCGAGUGGACUGCCGAGGAAUGCGCCGACUUCAUCGCCACCAUAGGUGUGCAGCAAUACGCAGACCGGUUUAUAGAAAACGACAUUGUUGGCGAGGUCCUCGUGGCUCUGCAGCACGAUGAUCUCAAAUCGAUGGGCAUCCACAGCGUGGGCCACCGUCUGACCAUCCUAAAGUCUGUCUACGAUGUCAAGAAGGCACAGGACGUUCCUAUAGAGAGCGACCACUACAUGCCGCCAACCGCUGAAACCGAGGCACAGGCGUCAACCGCCACCCUCAAGGAUAUUAAGCAUCUUGUGGAGCAGUUACGGCUGCGCGACGAGCGGAUGGCACUGAUGGAACAAGACAUGCGAAGGAUAACUGAGGAUUUCAGGAGGUUGCGAGAAGACAUGCUCCCUGCGUUACGGCUGGUCAAGGACGUCCAGCAACCCCUGCCAAAUGUUAACAACGGUCAGGCAUACGAGUCCAACAUAUCACCGCCCGCGCCCACACCAGCAGCGGCAGGGCAGUCUGGGGGAGGCCUGAAGCGCCAGUACUCGACCAAGGUGAUGCUUGGCACCACGCCCAAAGCCUCGUCACCGACUCACCUACAAACGAGCCACAACCGCUCCUUAGUCGAGCAGACGCUCGAUCCUACGAGCGCCGCCGAACAGGCCGUUCUAUCGUCGGCGCACUUGGCGGCAAUGAACGGAACCUCUGGAAGCUCAACAUCGCCAUCGUAUCCUUCUCCGAACAUGCCAUCCCCGACAUCACCACCCACCGUCUUAUCAGGCACCACCCUUGGAGCACAAUCUUACCGGUCGGGCCAGCCCACGCCGUCCUCACGAUCCACCUUUGCCAGCGAAGACCACUACCUCCAACCGAAAGCCCCCGCCCCGGCGCCGCGCAGAAUGCAGACCCCGGCCCCCGAGACGCCCGGGUCGGUCGAGAUCUUCAAGUCGUUCCGCGUCAGCAUGGAGGACCCUUGCUACAAGGUGCUCCCCGCGGCGCUCAAAAAGUACCAGAUCAACGCGCCCUGGGACCAGUACGCCCUAUAUAUUGUAUACGGCGACCAGGAGCGCUGUUUGGGCCUGGACGAGAAGCCGCUUAUCUUGUUUAAGCAGCUCGAUAAGGAAGGCAAGAAGCCCAUGUUUAUGCUCAGAAAGACAAACAACGCGCCUGUUGACCCCGGGUCCGCCGGCACCGACGCCGCUCCCGGGAGCGCGGGGCUGGGUGGUUCGUCGGCGAGUCGUACUGCUACCGGGUAUGACCCGCCGGGGGGCAUUAUUUAGGGGGCUUAUCCAGGAAAUCUUCUUUUCUGCACUUUUCUUGUUGUUGGGUGCCUGGAUGUGUGGGAUGCGGUUUGCAUAGCGUUGCGUCGG